CCGCAAGGGGGCGCCGGAGGUCGCUCGUCCGAUGGCGAACGGCAGCGGGGAUUCGGACGCGGCCAGCGAGGCGGGAAGCCUGUUCAGCCUCCAGUCGGACUUCCCCAACGAGGAUGGGCUAGCAGGACCGGGAGUGGCGCCACCUGGUGAUGCGGGUGAGAUCGACGACAUCUCCGCGCAGGAGGAGUUUGAGAACAAGAUGCGCGAACAGAUCGACGGGCUGGCAGAGAAGAGCGCGAAGGCACGUCAGGCCGCCCUCACUGGCAUCCGCUCCGGCCUGUCCAAGAAGAUCGCUGUUGACUUCGUCGGUGACAGGAAGAUGACGAUCGCUGACGCCCUGGAGCGGUGUCUGAAGAAGGGUAAAGGUGAGGAGCAGACACAGGCUGCUGCCGUCGCCUGCCUGCUCUGCGUUCAGCUGGGCAUCGUCGACGACAUCGAGAGCUUAUACGCGCCGCUCCGAAGCAUCUUCCUAACGAUCAUGAAGGACCAGACGGCCGCUCUGAAAGCUCGCAGCAGUUGUGCUGAUGCGUUAGGACUCUGUUGCUUCAUAGCUGGAGGGGAGAAUGAGAACCUUGUCUCGAUCAUGGAUGGUUUGCUUAACGUCUUCAAGGCGUCGUUUUUCAAGGGCGACGGCUCUCGUCCUAACCUGCCACCAGAUGUCACCCUGCUGCACGCCAGCGCUCUAUCGGCGUGGGCGCUGCUGCUGACGAUAGCGCCCCCAUCCUGGACCAGCACCGAAAUCAACAACUUGUUGCCGCGGCUGCAGGAACUGUUGGAAAGCUCGGACGUAGAGCUGCGCAUCGUUGCCGGCGAGGUGAUCGCGCUCAGCUACGAACUCGCUCGCAUGGACAAUGAGGACUUUGACGGAUCCGACAUAGACGGGCUCUGCGAGAAGCUGCGACAGCUGGCGACGGACAGCAACAAGUAUCGCGCGAAGAAGGAGCGCAGGCAGCAGCGCUCUAGCUUCAGGGACAUACUGCGAGCCGUCGGGGUGAGUCCGGACCGCCGCCGCCGAGAUGAGAGACGAGAGAUGGUCCUCGGGGUAGAGGAGGGGGCGUGGCAGCGGCUGCGGCAUAGAGGAGAGACGAGAGAUGGUCCUCGGGGUAGAGGAGGGGACGUGGCAGCGGCUGCGGCAUAGAGGAGAGGCGAGAGAUGGUCCUCGGGGUAGAGGAGGGGGCGUGGCAGCGGCUGCGGCAUAGAGGAGAGACGAGAGAUGGUCCUCGGGGUAGAGGAGGGGGCGUGGCAGCGGCUGCGGCAUAGAGGAGAGGCGAGAGAUGGUCCUCGGGGUAGA